UUUUUUUUUAACUUUCAGCAAUGAUAUCUACUAUCCCAUCUUCAUUGCCUAUUUUACCAUUAUCUGAAUAUGUGUUAUUACCAUCCAUUGUGACGACAUUCAUGGUAUGUCAAUCAGAAGCAGAUUUUCUUUUAAGUAGCUCUUCCGACUAUGUAAUUUGUAUUCCGCUUGCCAAUAAACAAAGGGAGACUAGUCGUUCUACCGACCUUAGUCAAUUAUUUCAUUAUGGAUGCGUAGCCAAGGUGAUUGAAUGCGACCGUACAUUGCCGGACAAUUGUGUUAUCAAGGUAGAAGGAAUCUGUCGCUCACGGAUUCGGGAUAUCUCCAGUGAAAACGGAGGAGAUCAAUUCCAGGCUCUAUUAGAGCAUUAUCCUGAUGAUGGUGACAAGGGUUUGCAAUUGGAAGAUCAGUUAGGAUUUCAGACACUUGUGAACACUUUUAUUGAAAAAAUGAGAUGUAUUGGCGUUUCCAGCAGUGUACUAAACGGUCUGAGUGAAGUAGCAGAUCGCUGUCACGUAUCUUACGUGGCCAACCUACUUUUAUGUAUUACUGACUCUCCCUUAUGUGACAAGCUGCGUGUACUGGAAUUAUCAGAUAUGAAAAAACGGUUAGAACAGGUCAAUCAUGCGGUGAAUCGUUAUUUACAGAUGAUCAAUGUCACCUCAGUCAGUAGUUUUCCAAAUGAAAUGUUAUUUGAUGAUAUCCGUAGAAAAUUUUAUCUGCUCCAAGAGGUCAACUCCAUUUCAUAUAGUCAACAACAUCAGCACCUUCAACAGCAGUUCACAGCAUUAGCAGAAGAUGAUGAAGAAAUUACUGAUCUUGUUAGAAAAUUAAACCAGGUGAAACUACCAGAAUAUGCUGUUACAGCUGUAAGACGUGAUUUAAACCGACUUCGAAAACUGCCUGAAUCCUCUUCAGAUUCCGCUGUAUUACGUAUUUACAUUGAAUACAUAACUGAUUUACCUUGGCAAACAGCUCCUCCAACAGAACUUAAUAUAUCAUCUGCAAAGAAUCAACUGGACGCUGAUCAUUUUGGUAUUGAUCAUGUAAAGAAAAGAAUUUUGGAAUAUUUAUCUGUACUCAAAGUCAAAAAGGAUGCAAAACCACCCAUUAUUUGUUUUGUCGGUCCCCCUGGUGUUGGAAAAACUACGCUGGGAAUAUCAAUAGCAACUGCACUCCAAAGAAAAUUUCACCGCAUGUCGUUAGGUGGCGUACGUGAUGAGGCAGAAAUAAGAGGACAUCGACGUACUUAUGUUGGGGCCCUACCAGGUCUGUUUAUUCAUGGUAUGAGACAGUGUGGAGUGCAAAACCCCGUAUUCUUAUUAGAUGAAAUUGAUAAACUUGUGCAAGGAACAAGUCAAGGUGACCCAGCCGCUGCAUUGUUAGAAGUGCUUGAUCCUGCACAGAACUCUACAUUCACUGAUCACUUUAUGAACAUGCCGUAUGAUCUUUCCCAAGUCCUAUUCAUUGCUACUGCAAACUCAAUGGAGUCUAUCCCAGGCCCCUUAUUGGAUCGUAUGGAGGUAAUUCAUCUGGAUGGUUAUACCUUUAAUGAGAAGCUACAUAUUGCACAAACACAUCUUGUACCCAAACAAAUAGAGGCGCAUGGCUUAUCUUUUCUUGACUUGAAUAUUCCCGAUCAGGUUGUCAUGCAUGUUGCAGAAAAGUAUACACGAGAGAGUGGAGUACGUGGAUUAGAGAGGUUGAUGGCAAGUAUCUGUAGAUACAAAUGUCGUGAGUAUACGGAUUUACAUGAGUCGGGAAAGCUAGAACUGUUCGAAAGGGCUGUUGAUAUAAGUGAUAUUGAGCAUAUCCUCGGUGCGGAACCAUUCGAGAACGAUGUAGUGGAAUCUGAAGAUAUACCCGGUGUUAUUACUGGGUUGGCUUACUCAGGAAGUGGAAACGGUGGUAUUAUGUUUAUUGAGGCAUCAAAAAUGCCUGGUGAUGGAAACCUUUACCUGACAGGAUCCUUGGGUGAUGUGAUUCAAGAAUCGGCAAAACUAGCACUGUCUUGGGUGAAAUCAAAUGCCUAUGUUCUCAAAUUAACUUCGAACUCAAGGGAGAAACUGAAUGAACAUGAUGAUAUUCAUAUCCAUUUCCCUUCUGGAGCUAUUUCUAAAAAUGGACCUUCAGCUGGUGUCACAUUGGUUUGCGCUAUCGUCUCACUUUAUUCCGGUUAUCAUGUACCACCAACUACUGCUAUGACAGGCGAAAUUUCUUUGCGAGGUCGAGUGUUACCGGUCGGAGGUAUAAAGGAAAAGGUCGUAUCUGCUCAUCGCGCUGGUAUCCGUAAAAUCAUCAUGCCUUUCCGCAACCGCAAAGACGUGGAAGAGGAUGUACCCGAUAAGGUCAAGGAUGACAUUCAAUUUGUAUUUGCCAAAACUAUAUGGGAUGUCUUGGAGGCUGCUUUAGUUAUAAAUACCUCCGAAAAAUGGACCACGCGUGUGUAUGAGAGCCGUUUGUAAUUUAUUCUAUUCACCACUCUAUAAUUUAAUAAAACUUAAUCUACUUUUAAUAACUAUCUUGAUGUCUCUGAUUACGUUUCGUCUGCUUUUAAACACGAUAUCUAAUCAGUCAACACUAAAGCACAUUAUAUUGUGCGUUUGGCAAUGAAGUAUCAAAAAUAUCAUAUGAAUCA